AAAGCUUUGACUACUACUAGUGCGUCUGAGUCCGAGUCAACUUCUACAUGAGCAUGAGCCAGAUCGAAGUAACCGUUCUCUAUUUUGCAGCCGCCUCGACAGCUGUGGGGCUGACUGAAGAGCGUGUGGCUUUACAGCCCUCGUUCCACCUCAAUGCACUAGGCGAUCAUUUGAUUUCGCUGCAUCCAAAUUGCGGAUUAGACAAAGUCCUGCAGUCUAGUCAAUGGAGUGUCGAUGCGGAGAUGGUAGAAGAUGUGGAUCAAGUUGUACUAAAGGGGGGAGAAGAAAUCGCUAUCAUUUGUCCGGUAUCAGGAGGCUAGUGUUAGAUAGCCAAAGUUUACAAGGGAAUCAAUAUUUCGAGCAUGGGCAAUAUGAAUAUAGGCCAGGAACCUAGAAACAGCAUUGGACUUUAUGUUUUUUCACACAUGCGACUUAUGUGUGCAAGUGAAUGAUUGUGUUAGGAACGCUUGAUC